AUGUCUGCUGCUAAGGAAGAAGAUGUCUGUAAUCAUGUGAAAGUGGUGGUCCGUGUCCGUCCGGAGUCUCAAAAGGAAAAAGAUGGCAACUUUACUAAAGUUGUUCAUGUUGUUGACCAGCACAUAUUGGUCUUUGAUCCAAAGGAGGAAGAAGUUAGCUUCUUUCAUGGGAAGAGACUGACCCAUAGGGAUAUUAAUAAAAGAAAAAAGAAAGAUCUUAAAUUUGUAUUUGAUGCUGUUUUUUCUGAAAGUUCAUCCCAGUUGGAAGUUUUUGAGCAUACUACCAAAAGCGUAAUUGAUGGCUUCUUAAAUGGAUAUAACUGCACAGUGCUUGCAUAUGGUGCAACGGGAGCUGGAAAGACCCAUACAAUGUUAGGUUCCCCUGAAGAUCCUGGAGUGAUGUAUUUAACCAUGAUGGCACUUUAUGAUUGCAUGGAUCAAAUAAAAGAAGAUAAAAUAUGCAAUGUUGCUGUCUCUUAUUUAGAGGUCUACAAUGAACAGAUCCGUGAUCUGCUGGUAAACUCGGGACCUCUGGCUGUUCGUGAAGAUACCCAGAAAGGGGUGGUAGUUCAAGGGCUAACAUUACAUCAGCCUAAAUCGGCAGAGGAAAUCCUUCAAAUGCUGGAUUAUGGAAAUAAAAAUAGAACACAGCAUCCCACAGAUGUAAAUGCCUCCUCUUCACGGUCCCAUGCUGUCUUUCAGAUUUAUCUAAGGCAGCAAGAUAAAACAGCUAGUAUUAAUCAAAAUGUUCGCAUCGCCAAAAUGUCUCUCAUUGACCUGGCAGGAUCUGAACGUGCCAGCGUGACAAAUGCCAAGGGGGCUCGUUUUAGAGAAGGAACAAAUAUUAACCGCUCCCUGCUCGCUCUUGGAAAUGUCAUUAAUGCCUUGGCAGAUCCAAAGAGCAAGAAACAGCACAUUCCUUAUCGAAACAGCAAACUUACUCGUUUAUUGAAAGACUCUCUUGGAGGAAAUUGUCGAACAAUAAUGAUAGCUGCUGUCAGUCCAUCUUCUAUGUUCUAUGAUGAUACAUAUAAUACUCUUAAGUAUGCAAACCGAGCAAAGGAUAUCAAGUCUUCUUUGAAGAGCAAUGUUGUUAGUUUGGACAGUCACAUAAGCCAGUAUGUUAAAAUUUGCAAUGAACAAAAGAAAGAGAUCCUAAUGUUGAAAGAGAAACUGAGAGAAUAUGAAGAAAAGCAAGCAAGCAUUCCUGAAAAUGAUAAUGCAGCAGUACUUUCAAACAACCAGCAAGUGGAAAUUCAAAGAUACAAAGAAAUCCUUAAAAACGUGUUUGCAAACCGUGAGGAAAUCAGAAAAGAAUACCUCAAGUUGGAAAUGCAACUGAAAGAAAACGCACUGAAGACGUAUUAUCAGAAACAAUGUCAUGAACAAAUUCAACUGAUGUGUUCUGAAGAAAGAGUAGAAAAGGCCACUUGCAAGCGGGAUCAAAGGCUUGCAAUGCUUAGAACCCACCGCGUACACAUACAGAAGAAGAAAGAAGAGGAGGUAGAACAUUUUGAGGAGAAUACCAACUGGCUGCAUCGCGUUGAAAAUGAAAUGCGCCUGCUGGGUCAAGAUGGGUGUAUUCCAAAGGAACUCUGUAAAGAUCUGCAGUGUUGCCAUUUAAACCUAGAAGUUAAGGACCUGAAAGCCCAGAUUGAGCACAUGUUAUCUCUGGUGUCUCUUCAAGAUCAGCAUUAUAAGCAGACAGAAAAAGUACUAAAUACUUUGCUUCCAGUUCUUCGCAAGCAAUACCUGACUUUGAAAGAAGCUGGGUUGACAAAUAAUUUAACUGAGACUGAAUUUGGGGAGGUCGAGCAGCUGAUUCAAAGACAAAAAACAGUAGUUUGGGCUGACCAGACUGAAGAAAAGGAACAAAAUCAAAACCAUGAAUUAGAGUUGCCAGCUAUCUUUGCAUUCCCACAACUUGUGAACAGAUCGAACACCCCAUGUCGUACAACUUCUGGUACACCAUCACAAGAAAUGAAUAAAAAUAUACAAGAGAUAGUAGAAUAUGCAGUACCACCACAAAAAAGAACUAGGCGGAAGCUAAUGGACUCUCCAAUCACAGCUCAAAGUCCUGCUGCAUCUAAGCGCUCCAGUCUCCGUCAUCUGGAGGAUUCUCUUACCAAGGAGGUCCGCCCUAUUGUGUAUACACCGGAAUUUUGCAGAAAGCCAGUACAAAGCUGCUGUACACAGACUGUGGUAAAGAAAGCUUUACACCUUGCAGGCCUUCAGGAAGCCAGUGCAUGUAAUAUAGAACAUAUGCCAGUGAAAAAAGCGAGUAUUAUGGACUCUACAUGUGACAUAAUCCCAGAGUGCGAUGAAGCUGAUAUGGACUCAACAGUAAUUCUCUGCAAAGGGACAGGUGAAGCAACUGAAAUGUCUACUGACUCAUCUGUGAAGGAGUCACAGCCGUGCAACAAUAGCAUUCUGCAAAGACUUGGUCUCUCUUCAUUUAAAAACAAGAAUUCUACUUCAGUACUUGAGAAGCCUUCAUAUAUGGCAAUGACUUCUGCUGCUGAGAGAAAAAGAAAGGUAUUAAGUUCUACAUCAAACACUGGGUUAGGCAGCCUGCAAGACCCUGUUUCUGCAAAACGCGUUCGACAGGAGGUCUUGUUAAGCCAUGGAGCUUUGCGAGUACCCAAAAUGGCAGGAAUUAAAACGAGGAGCAAGAAGCAAGAACAGGAUGUGCCAAGAAACCUAGUUAGAAGCCUUUCUGAAGGAAACGUAACGUUGGGUGUUAAAUCAAGGACAUCAAAAAAUCUGUUACUUCGUGUUUAUAAGAAAAAAAAUAGGAUUUAGUUCUGAGUUCAUCCAUACUUCAAGCAGGAUUGAUGGAUAGCAAAUGAGAACAGGGUGACUUGUUUUCCUCUUGUGAAUUAUUUUGUGUUAAAGAUGUCUCGGUA